CCGCCCACUCGUUCCAUUUCCCCAGCUCCGUCCGGGAGCAGCCACAAAGCCAGGCGGGUGCUGGGCUGCCCACAUGUUCUGCGCUCAGGCAAAAUUGGGGCAUCCUCCAUGAACCUGCUCAUGUGUCUCUGUGUCCAUCACGCUCCUGGCAUCACCUCCCCUAGCCACUGCCUCCUCCUCUUCCUCCUCCUCACGCUGGACUUUUUUAUUAUUAUUCCUAGGAUGACUGUAUAUAAUGGGCAAUGUCCAAUCAGAAGUCACACAAGAAUCAGAGACUGCCAAAGACGGGGAGGAGAAAGGCAACCCGGACAGGAGCAAGCCAGACCGGGGUGCGAGCGGCGCUAAGCAUGAAUUGGGGAGCCGCCCCCCGGGUCUCCAGGCCCCUGAGCAGAAAGCUACCAGUCAGCUGCUGAGCACCGAGCCAGGGGCAGGGGACAGGCCGGCGGGGGCUGCUGCGGAGAUGGGGAAGAAUCAUUCCAAGAAAUCGAAGCUGAAGCUCUCCUCCAUGUGGGCGCAGAACACAGCCAGUGGCGGGAUAAAAGAGGCCAGUCUCUGCGACAAGGACCCAGGGGCGGAGAAGCGGGGGCUGGCUUGCCUGAGCAGGGCGGACCUCCAGAGUAGGCCGAGCUCGGCGCCCGCCCCGCCAGAGGACCCCAAGGGGCCGAAAGCGUCUCUGAGGCCUCCCCCAGCGCUGCCCUCUGACCCCAGGGACUUGGGCGCCAAGCGAGCACCGGCAAAGGGGAAGGGUAAGCCAGAGAACGUGCCUCAGGCCAGGGGCAUGGGCGGCCUCCUGCUACAGCCCAAGAAGCUGGUGGAGCUGGGCCCGGCUGCUGAGGCGCCCCCGGACGUGGCGGAAAUGGAGGUCUGCUGGACCCAGCACAUCAAAGCCAGCGCCAAGGAGCAUUUUGAAAACAAGGGGCGGGUGCUGGAGUCGGCUCCCUCGGCCAAGAAGCAGCCAGCGGGCCCGGCGCACGGCGCCGAACCUCUGAGGGGGGCCGAGGAUGUGGCGGUGGCCGCGGCGGCAGGGCCUUGGCCUCUGAAUGAGAAAAGCGCCAGCCGCUCAGCUGUGUCCAGCUGUGUGGCUCCACCUGGAGGGAAGAAGGCUCUUCUGUCGUGGGGGUCUGGGCAGAAGGAGAAAGAGAGUCCCGGACAGCGGGACAGCGCCCCUGGCAGCGACGGAGACUCCCGGGGCCUGGCCCUUGCCUCCCAGUUGCCUGCGGAUUGCUCUGAGACACCGGGCAGCCCCGGGGAGAAGGCCCAAGGCUCAGGGAGCGAGGCGAAGGCCGGGGCAAAGGGCGAGAACCUGGGGGCAGAAGGGGUCAACUCGGAGACCAUGCAGGAGCUGCUGGAGAAAGGCCUCAACUUCCUGUACAAAGUGACCAUCCAGCCAGGGCAGUGGCCGCCCAGCAUCAAGGCAGUCAAGCAAAAAGCGGGCGUCAUUUCCUCCGGCAUCUCCUACGCUGACGUCCUCAAGCAGUGCCCUCAGAAGAAGGCGCCUGCUGGCACUGCCCCGGCGCUGCCGAAAGCCCUGCACCACCUCACCGCGGCGGGCAAGAAGCUGCCGUCCUUCAAAGGGCUGGAGAGGAGCAACCCGGAGGACUUCUCCUCGCUCAGCCAGCUGUUCCUGGAGCACUUCAAGAAGGUCACCCCCAAAGAGCCCGCUGCCCCCCACGCCCCCAGCCAGCAAGUGGUCACCUUCUUUGAGGAGCUGUCCACCGGCAACACCAAGCGGCCGGAGUGGCAAAGGCCCCGGCCGCCCACUCCCUACCCCCAGCGCCGCAAAGGGCAGGGCCGGAAGCUGCCCAAGUUUGGGACGGCCGUGUCCCAGGUCGUGGCCUUCCUGGGGAGCGACCCCAAGUGCGAUUGGUUUGUUCACGACGACGGCCAGGUGUCUCUGGAUGAGGCCGCGGCGGGAGCUGAAGACGGGGGCAAGGACUGCGACGACCCACCCAGCCCUGGCGAGAAAGGGGCCGAGGUGAUGGGCUCCCCUCAGCCUGUUGUGGCUCUCUUGGCGGAGCACGAAGCACCUGGGGAGGCUGACGAGGCUGCCCAGAGGUCGCGCAGAAGGCCUCAGGGCCUGGAAGGGGUCACCAAGGAAACGGGCCCAGCGAAGCCACCGGCCUGUAAUGCUGUCCGGGGCGGCCAUUCUCCGCUGGCCGUUCCUCCGUUCCCCCAAAAGGAAGACCAGCCCCCGGCGUCCCUGCUAGGCCCAAGGCCUUGCUCUCCCGGGGAGGUGCUGGAGGCCCCCAGUCCAGCCGCCUCUGCCCGGUGCACCCCCGUGAGACUGAUUCCCGACCAGAAGGUGCCGGCUGCGGCCCAGGCGAGGCCCAAGAUCCGGAAACAAGGCCCGUCUGCCGCAAAGUCGAAAGAGAAACUCAAAACUUCAGGGCAGCCGAAAGUGAAAGCGCCCAAGGGGAAGGGGCAGAAGCAGUGGCCCCGAGGCUACGGGAUGAGCUCCCUGCGGCUAGAGGGUGUCCCCCUCUUCCCGCCUUUCGAAAACGUCGCCAGGCCGUUUUAUUUUGGCGAGCCUUUGGAAACGCCCCCUCCCCUGGAGAAACCCGCCAGCAUUGACGAGGAUGCAGCUUCCGCCCCGACUGGUCCAGACCCUGGCGGAGAGGCGAACGGAUCCCCCCCGCACCACCACUGGCCGGCUUUCCAGGUGGCAGAAUCAUGUUCCAGGAAGUGCUACUGCAAACACCAGGAGCAGAGGAAACUGCCCCAGAACAUCGUAACUUGGCUCAAUCCUUCCACCAACCAUCUGACCGAACCACCCUGGGUCGCCACCGCCAUGCUGGCCGUCUCGCUUGUUGCCGGGACCAAGUUCUGCCUGGACUCUUACGAACAGCAGCACAUUGCCAAUGAGGACUGAACCCCCUUCCCCAGGCUUCUGCAAAAAAUAAACCCUGUACAUCACACCAGCUUGGCCUGUGGCUUCGUUUCGUGCGGCGGGGGUCCCUGCAGUCUGCCGGGACUUCUCCUCGAGAACUGAAAUUGGAAUCAAACGGGUUUCCAGUUCUGCAGAUGGGUUUGGAAACGGGCCACUUUAGAGCUCUGGGGAUUGUUGGGUAGAUAGCACCUGUGCGUACGAGCCCAGCAGAGGCAGCGAAAGUCAUAUGGCUGGCAUACAACAGAGACCAGAAAGAAUGGGGAUCUGUCCAUUACUGUGCCCAGGCAAGAGGAUGACAAGUCCCUAUGAAUCACCUCUGGAACGCCAUGGGCUGCCAGCCCUGUGGAUUCUAUUGGUUCUCCUAGAACUGUUACCAGCUGCAGGGAGUUCUGGGCCAACUAUGAUAAGUACCAGAGGUGGCCUUCCAGGUGUUGUGACUCCCAGCUCCCAUCUUCCCUGCCCACUGGUCCUGGUGGCUGGGGCUUUUAGGAGCUGGAGGUCAACAAAAUUUGGAGGGUCUCCCACUCCUCAUAUAUGCCAACAAUCUGGUCAGUGUGGAUGUCCCAAGGUGGGCUGUCCUAACUUUUUGAUAUCAGUGUGGGUGCUCAGGGAUUCACUGGUACAUGUAAAGUUGUACCCAGGGCAGGUCAAAAGCACAAGCUUUUCUGAUGGUCCACACAGCUCAUGCUGGCAGGCCACACCUGCUAAGGCCGGCUAUAAAGCAGUGUUUCCCCAACUUGGGUCUCCAGCUGCUUUUGGACUACAA